AUGUCACUGAACGCCACCCCGGCAGACGAGGACCCCCUCGUCCUCAGGCCUCUUAUCGCCGAUAUCAUUCGCACGCGUUAUUGCGUCCCCGAUUCCCUCUUCCUCGUCGAGGGGGUCGACAACCUCCGCCCCCGCCGCAGUCGCAAGUGGCGCGCCAUCCGCUUGUUACUCGGUGACGGUGAGCUCUGCAUUCAGGCCCUGCUCACCGUAGAUGUGCACCGCUUCGUCAACAGCGGUGAAGUUGUGGCCAAGUCGAAGCCUGCCCGCAAGAUGGUCUACUUGACGGUCGAGGACUUUACUGUCGUCGGGUGGCAUGAGGAGUACGCCCGCGUACAUGGCAAGUCAAAACCCUCCAAGUCUAGGACGGAUGUCGGCCCUUCGGCCGAGAAACGUGAAGAAAGCCUGCUUGAUAAGAUAGAUUCGCCACCUCGGACCCCCGCAAGGGUAAGCGAGCGGCCGAGGACGCCGGAACCGCACCGGAAGCCACCUCCCGACGCCCCUGUCGCGGAAGCUGUCGAAGAUCUCGAGAAAUACUUUGACACGUCUUCUGAUGACGGCUUCGAGGACCUGCCCAUUCCAGACACCCCGCCACCUCCCGAGGUCGCCCCGCAAAAAGCCGCCCCAAUUCCCAAGGACCCUAUACCACUCGCCCGGAAUUGGACGAAUCCCCUUACCCCACUCAAGCUCACCCAGCUCUCCGCCAUCCCACACCUUCCCUACAAGCAGAAUUGGUCUACCAACAUCAUUGCUGUCCGCGUGCACCUAACCGUUUUCCUGGACGCCGAGGCUUUCCGGCCCCGGGUGGGGUCCGCCGUGCUGCUUGCUGGCGUCAAGAACCACCUAUUUGAUGGGGGCUCCCUGAAGAAGUACGUCAGCGAUAGGCCCAGAGAAGGGAUGCCGUGGUGGGUGGAAGACCCAACCUACCCAUGGUGCAGGGACCUAGCGGAAGGAUUGAAAGACUGGUGGAGGCUGGCCUCUCUUGUUGAAGAGGACGAUUUGGAAGAGCCCUGA